AUGUCGCAACAACACUCGCCAGACUCGGGAUACGAUCAUCAUAACCCCAGCACAGGUCUGCUCGUUGGACAAGGCGGCGCUUCAGGGUCAGGGACGCCCAACUCCAAACUCAACCACGAGUCCUCCUCGUCCUACUUUCCACCCAUGUCAUCCGACUACUCUGUCGGAGGCGCUGGCAACAAUGGAUUCUCGAAGCGGUCAAGGUUCGGUGGCUACAGUGGCGGUGGCAGUGGACUGGGAUUGUAUCCACCGAUGGCGAUGAGGCGGUGGAGGUGGUGGAACUACCUUGCUGCCUUGAUUCUGACCUUUGCGGUUGUCGAGGCCUUUGUGCUAUUGAUCGGGUCCUCUAUCCUCUACACAAUGCCAGACCAGAUCCAAAUCGAUUCCCGCGACUUCCGCAAGGUCGAAUACCAAGGUCUAGCCCUCGACCCAACAGCCGCCUACAAGAAGCAGAUCCAGGUCUACCAUGUCACCAAGGAGUUUGGUGCAGCAUCGAUGGGAGGACUGGGCAUGGUCGUCACCGCCCUUGCAGCAGCCCAACAAAAGUCACGCACCCAAAAGGUCAACAUCGUCAUGCCCUACUACUCCAUGCUCGACAAGAUCCCAGGAAUCGGCAUCAAACUCUUUACUCCUCUCCCCCUCGAAAUCAAAGACAAUCGCGGACGGACCCAGAACCUGGUCUUCACAGUCCACAAGUUCAAGUUUGCGGUCCCCCAAAAGCCUAGUGACUUUGAGACGGACAAGCGGGCGAUUAACGCUGUCACUGUCUGGCUGAUCGGUCCUGGUGACGCCUAUCCCUUCGACCGGGCCUUCCAGAGCAAGAAUGUCCAAGAGAUAUACUCGACACCCAGCGGACUCCCUGGCGAAUGGAAGGAUCUCUACUUCUCCAAGGCCGUCGCAGCUUUCAUCCAGCACCAGAACAAGAACGACGACAUUUCUCUCUUCGCCACCGCCGUCAAUCGUAUGAUUGACGUUGUCCAUGUCCACGGCGCCACCAACGCUCUGGUCCUCCACUACCUCCAACAGUCGAUCGACAAGGGCGCUAUGGGCGAAGAGCCUCCAGCACUGAUCUACACUCUCCACGACUACCUCGACGAACUCCAGUACUCGAACGAGAUUGUAAAUGUUCAAAAGUUCAUGGACCGACGCGUGCACUCGGAGGACGACGAGGAGGAUAUGUUUUUGCAGAUGGAUGGGAUCUCGCCCUACUGCCAUGGACAUCGCAUGUUUACCUCCGCCAUGGGAAUCGACCUCGCCGACGCGGUUACGUUUGUCUCAAAGUCGAUGGCCAAGGACAUUGUUGAGGGCCGUCUGGACUUUUAUCUCAAGGAGUUGGUUCUAGGUAGUGUGCUUAACCAGGCCGAGAAGAACUUGUUUAUCGGAAUCACCAACGGCGUCGACUUUGGAAAACUCAACCCCUGGACCAUGGCCGCCCUCCGUGAACACGACUUGUCCUUCCCUUCGAACGAGUUUGUGGGCCAGGAUACACAGGAUAUCCUUGCCCUCCAGAGUGCUCCUGCCGCUGCUGGUGACGAUGAGCAAGACACCGAUGCCCCUGCGGCGGCUGUAGGAUCGACGCACCUCACCAUCCGCUCAGCCAAGGAAGCUGCUAAGCACUUUUUGUAUACCAAGGGACUGUUGACCGAGCAGGACUUAACCCGCCCUCUAGUACUCUUUAUCGGUCGCUUCCAGUACAACAAGGGCCUCGAGUUCUUCACCACCGCCAGUACUGCCGUUAAAGAGAACGGUGGUCGUCUCAUCAUCAUGGGCCAACCCAACAACUUUCCCCUCCGGUCCGUCACUAACCUUGAGCGUCUCUUCAAGGGCACCGUCACCGUCAUCGCCGACGCCAAGACCCAGGACGAAUGGGGCGUCUACUACCGCGCCGCUGCCGAUUUUCUUCUGGUCCCUUCCCUGACCGAGAGUUUCGGCCUCAUCGCCGCCGAAGGUCUUCUCUUUGGCUCCACCGUCAUCUCCUCGGGUGUCGGUGGACUGUCCGAGUUCCUGGUGGACCGCCCCAACGCCGACGACGAACGCCAACAACUCGAAAAGGCCGAAGCCGAGAAGGAGCGUCAGUUCAUGCCAUUGGACCAACGACAACAACUCGCAGAGGCACCCCGGGAGGAGCGGUACAACUCUUACCUCUUCGAUCCCUUCGCCAAGGAUUCUCACUCCCAACUGACAAAAGCCAUUGGCGACGCAAUCACGGAAUGGAAGAGGCUGCAACGGAGACCGGAGGAGCAUGAAGAGUUCUUGAUCCGGUUGGUGAAUAGCGCCAAGGCAAUGGGGUGGGAUCGCCCUGGUGGGCCUGUGGACCAGUACCGUGCUCUUUAUGAGAUCGCGUUGAACGCGAUUGGAUUGAACAGCCAGUCUCUGUAA